UUGAAAAUAUUGGCUCUCAAUCAAGAACUACUGCAAAGGAACCUAUGAUUAGAGUUUUAUCUUCGUAUUUUUUCCCAGUUAAUUAAUGAACAAACGAGGUAUCUUCUCCAAAUCCUCAAUCAACACUAACAAACUUGUAUUACUUCAUCCAUUUUGCUUCUCGUCAUCACCCACUUCGCAGCCUAAUCAUGUCUCUGCUUUCAUUGCCUCCCUCCAAUCAUGCGCCCAUCAAAAGAACCUCGCACGAGGCAAGCAACUCCAUUCUUACAUGCUCAGGAAUGGUCUCCUUCAAGCCUCCCCUGCAUCUCUCACCAGCCUCAUCAACAUGUAUUCCAAGUGCAGCCAAAUGACACAUGCCCUCUCCUUAUUGCAAUCUGCCCCUCAAUGCCCAAAUAUAUUUUCUUUUAAUGCGAUCAUUUCUGGGUUUAUCACGAACGAAGAUCCCUUUAAAGGGUUGAAGUUUUACAGGGAAAUGAGGGUUCUUGGUAUUUUCCCUGACAAAUACACGUUUCCAUGUUUGCUUAAAGGUUGCUGUGAUAUUGUGGAAGUUUUAGAGGCUCGGAAGAUUCAUGGGUUGGUUUUUAAACUUGGGUUGGACUUGGAUUUGUAUGUGGGGAGUGGAUUGGUCAAAUGCUAUUUGAAGUUCUCAUUCAUGGAAGAUGCUGAAAAGGUGUUUGAUGAAUUGAUUGUGAGAGAUGUUGUGCUUUGGAAUGCUAUGGUUAAUGGGUACGCGCAGGUUGGGCAGUUCGAUGACGCUUUGGGAGUGUUUAAGAAGAUGUGUUUAGAAGGAGUAGCAUUGAGUAGUUUUACUGUUACCGGUGUUUUGUCCGUUUUUGCAAUGACAGGAGACAUUGAGAAUGGGAGGGUAAUUCAUGGGAUUGUCGUGAAAAUGGGUUAUGGUUCGAGUAUCAUAGUGUCAAAUACUUUGGUUGAUAUGUAUGGGAAGUGUAAGUGUGUCAGUGAAGCCUUGAAGAUUUUCAAAAUGAUGGAUAACAGGGACAUUUUUUCUUGGAAUUCAAUAUUGUUUGUUCACGAACAAUGCGGUGACCAUGAUGAAACAUUAAGACUUUUUCGUGCAAUGUUAAGGGGUGGCAUUCGGCCAGACCUGAUCACUUUGACCACUGUGCUUCCUGCUUGCACUCAUUUGGCAGCAUUGAUAUAUGGUAGGGAGAUUCAUGCCCACAUGAUUAUUAAUGGGUUGACAAAUAUGGAAAUGGAAGAUAUCAAUGAUGUUCUUAUCAACAAUGGGAUUAUGGAUAUGUAUGCCAAAUGUGGGACUAUGAGAGAGGCUCACUUGGUUUUUGAUAAGAUGAGCCACAAGGAUGUUGCAUCAUGGAACAUUUUAAUCAUGGGUUAUGGCGUACAUGGCUGUGGAAGAGAGGCAUUGGAUAUGUUUUCGCUCAUGUGUGAGAAUGAAUUUAAGCCUGAUGAUGUCACAUUUGUGGGUAUCCUGUCAGCCUGCAGUCAUGCUGGCUUUGUGAGCCUAGGACAUGAAAUUCUUGGGCAAAUGAAGUCAAAAUAUGGCGUUGUUCCUACCAUAGACCAUCUUACUUGUGUUGUUGACAUGCUUGGUCGGGCUGGCCAGCUUGAGGAGGCAUAUCAGCUGGCUCUAACAUCGCCUACUGGUCCCAAUGCUGUUGUAUGGAGGGCCUUGUUGGCAGCAUGCCGGCUCCAUGGAAAUUCAGAUGUAGCUGAGGCUGCUGCAAAGCAUGUGUUUCAGAUUGAUCCCGAGCAUAGUGGUAGUUAUGUAUUAAUGUCCAAUGUUUAUGUGGCAGCUGGCAAAUACAAAGAAGUAUUGGAUGUUAGAAACAUGAUGAGGCAACAAAAUGUCAGGAAGUUACCAGGGUGUAGCUGGAUUGAAGUCAAGAAUGGAAUACAUGCCUUUAUUAAUGGCGAUCGAACACAUCCUAGAUCAAACUCUAUUUAUGACGGAUUGCACUCAUUGACAGCUCUUUUGCAGGAACAUGACUAUGUGCCAGAGUUAUAGGGUCAACUUCGUGCAGGAUAUAUUCUCAUAUACAUGUUCGUUUUAAGU